UAUCAAUGCAGGGGCAUUAUUUCCUGGAUUCCAUUUGGAACGUUGGUACAUGGCAACAGCUGUUCGCCAGCAGCAGCCCAAGCACUGCAGCGGGCGGACGUCAGUGUAAUUUAUUAUAUUUUGUUGCUGUCGUUUGUGUUUUUUGUUUCCAUUCCCACCCUUUUACCGUCUUUUUAAAGGGGAGGGAGACGUGUGUAAGACGUAUGGUGCGCGUUGCUUUAUUAUCCAUUUAAGCUCGAGGUUUGUAUUGUACGUGUGUCCAAUAAGACUGAAUGAAAACACCGUACUUUAAUCCGGGUGGAUAAUUUUUCUUUCCAUCUCUUUUUCUUCCUCUUCAGCACCCCUUUUUUUGUCAUUUUUUUCUUCUGCAAAGACGCGCGUUAUCGGCGCAGGAAAGCGAAUAAUUGUCAUAAAGGGCUUUGCAUGGAACAGCCCGGCCAUUGUGAGCUUCUUAGAGAGUUGUAAUUUUUGUUUUAAAAAUAAGAAUUCGAUCACCCUUCUGUUCCCAUCUCCCCCACCCCCACCACUUCUCACUAAGAAAGUUGCAAUGUGAGUUCUUUAACCUACCGUUAAAGAGACGUUUUCUGCCAUAUUGAAUUCUUUUUAUAUGUGUAUAUAUGAGUUUUUUUCCGUUGCUUGUUGUGGAACUGAGAGUGCUACCGCUGGUUUCGAAUCCCCACACACUUGCGUUGAGUUGAUAGAACCGUUCUCUGAACCCGGUUUAGGGGUAGAAGAAGAGUAUUUGAGGAGAGCGAGAAAGGGGUUCCAAAGUGGGAGGGGGUUGGGGGGGGGGGGACAGUAGGAAAAAAAAAUGAACGGUUUCAGUACCGAAGAAGACAGCCGGGAUGGCGGCGCCGGGGCUCCAGGCUUUGGCCACAUUUGUUGUCUGGUUGAUGAUGGAGAGAGGUGCAACCGCCCAGCCGGCAACGCCAGCUUUAGCAAGAGAAUCCAGAAAAGUAUUUCACAGAAGAAACUCAAACUGGAAACCGACAAGAACGUUCGACAUCUGUACAUAUGUGACUUUCAUAAAAGUUUCAUACAAAGUGUGCGAAACAAGAGGAAGAGAAAAGGUAGUGAUGAUGAUGGAGGUGAUUCACCAGACCAUGAUGCGGAGUCUCCAGAGGUUGAUUUGUUUCAAUUGCAAGUAAACACGCUGAGGCGUUAUAAGAGACACUUCAAACUACAGACCAGACCUGGACUAAAUAAAGCUCAGCUAGCUGAGACAAUCAGUCGUCAUUUUAGGACCAUUCCAGUCAACGAAAAGGAAACUCUAGCCUAUUUUAUCUACAUGGUGAAGAAUGAAAAAAUGAGGCAUGAUCAGAAAUCUGACAGCAGCAUUCACUGAAAGACAUUAACUGGGCUUUUGUUGAUCACAGGAUCAUGCAGUGACAAGAUUUCCACUUCUAAAGCCAUUUUAUUCUUUAAAAGCAUCAGCUGAAAUUGGCGUGUGAUUUUCUUUGAAUUCUUAUGUAAAAGCAAAACGUUUGCAGUUAUUAUUUGCCAGUCUCAGAAUUUUAAUGUCUAGAAUAUGCUAUAGUUAAAUAGAGCCACGAGAAAAACAGAUUCCUUUUGCAUAUUUUUGUUUAGCUCUUGAAUGAAGUCAAGUACUGAAAGAGAAAAUUACACUUGCAACACACAUUCUGAGGAAGUGCUUCAGGACCUGGAGACCACCUCAUUGUUUAGAAUUCUUAUUUUGUCCCAUCAUCUUGGAAGUAACGUGGCUCCAAUUAGUGCAACCCUGGAAAGACAGAAGAUGGGCAGCAUUGCGGAAUGCAGGAAUUCAGCUCUGCAUCGCAAUUUAUGUUGCAACAGGCAUACCUAACUCUGGUUUAAGUUUUUUAAAACUUGGCUGGAAUGGGAAUUCGUAGCAAGAAAACACAACUCUGGAAAAAGAAGGAUCGCAGUUGAGAAUGUCGUAGUGCUUAUUAAUUCAAUUUUUUUAAUGCAGCAAAACAUUUAUCAUAGUUGGAAGUGAGACAUUGUCCUGUCUGCAAUACAGUGAUCAAUUAUAAAGUUUGAACUUUUUUGUGCACCAGGAUUUUCUUAAGAUUGAUUACAGUGUUAAUUUUUUUCUGUGUGCACAAAUAUACAAUGUACUGUACAAUAACUGCCAGAAUUUUUGUAAUAUUUACACUUGUCAGCUUCAGUGGGGUUGGGAUGUGGUUGCAGAGGUACACGUUUGUUACUACUGUUAUCUGGCGGGCUACUUAAGACUUGAUUGUCAAUUUUGCAUUAAACAGAUGUGGACCCUAA